AUCAAGAGCGUAGGGAUACGUUACGUUUAGCCUGCGUUACGUGACGCGUCAAAACUUAGCGAGACAUAUUUUACUCGUAAUUUUAGUCACAAAGCGUGUUAUUUGUGUGCGGAGUUAGUUUAGCGUGUUUACAGGUAAAAUAAUCGUGCUUCUGUGGUAAAUUACGGCGCAAAAAGACUUGUCGAACAGAUUAACUAGCGAACGCUCUGCGUAGUUUUUUGGGUAACUAUGAGGCGGGGUUCUUCCUAUGACUACAGAGACAGGGACCGUGGACGAGACAGGCCUCGUUCUUGGCCAGUGGGUGGUCGCAGUAAUGGCCCCCCGCCCAUGAAGUUUGGGCAUCUCGGUGACAGUCUCCGCAAGAAAAGGUGGAACCUGGAUGAGCUGCCAAAAUUUGAGAAGAACUUCUACACUGAGCACCCAGAAAUUCAACACUUGACUCAGUAUGAAAUCGAAGAGUUUCGCAGAAAGAAAGAGAUCACCGUCAAAGGGUCUGACUGUCCUAAACCUCUAUUCACUUUUCAACAGGCACAGUUUCCACAAUAUGUGAUAGAUGUGAUAAUGCAGCAGAACUUCACAGAGCCCACACCGAUUCAGGCUCAGGGCUUCCCUCUGGCUCUGAGUGGCAAGGAUAUGGUGGGGAUAGCACAAACUGGCUCUGGAAAGACUCUAGCUUAUCUCCUUCCAUCAAUUGUGCACAUUAAUCAUCAGCCUUAUCUGGGGAGAGGAGAUGGACCUAUUUGUUUGGUCCUUGCCCCGACCAGAGAGCUGGCCCAGCAGGUUCAGCAAGUGGCCUCAGACUAUGGCAAGUCUUCCAGAAUCAGAAGCACCUGUGUGUAUGGUGGAGCACCCAAAGGACCGCAGCUUCGAGAGCUCGAGAAGGGUGUUGAGAUCUGCAUUGCCACGCCCGGUCGCCUGAUUGACUUCUUAGAGUCAGGAAAGACUAACUUGCGUCGCUGCACAUACCUUGUGCUGGACGAAGCUGACCGCAUGCUGGACAUGGGCUUUGAACCCCAGAUUCGCAAGAUAGUUGAACAAAUCAGGCCUGACAGACAAACCCUUAUGUGGAGUGCAACUUGGCCCAAAGAUGUCCGUCAACUUGCUGAAGACUUUUUGAGGGACUACAUCCAGAUUAAUGUCGGAGCCCUCGAACUCAGUGCCAACCACAACAUCCUGCAAAUUGUUGAUGUCUGCAUGGACAAUGAGAAGGACCACAAACUUGUUCAGCUGAUGGAAGAGAUUAUGGCAGUGAAGGAGAACAAAACCAUCAUCUUUGUGGAGACCAAGAAACGCUGCGAUGAGCUGACGAGAAGGAUGCGAAGGGAUGGGUGGCCAGCCAUGUGUAUCCACGGAGACAAGAGCCAGCCAGAAAGAGACUGGGUGCUCACAGAAUUCCGAAGUGGGAAAGCUCCCAUUCUGAUUGCCACAGACGUUGCCUCUCGCGGUCUGGAUUCAGGAGCAGUGUGGUUUUCGUCCUGGCCGUGGAACAGUGGACCAGCUCUACACCCUUGGCAGGGUCCUCGAGGGUGCAUGGGAGUUCGCCCAACCAGUCUACAUGUGUUUUGUGGACUUGGAGAAGGUGUUGACCGUGUCCCUCAGGGUGUCCUGUGGGGGGUGCUUCGGGAGUAUGGGGUACCGAACCCCCUGAUACGGGCUGUUCGGUCCCUGUAUGACCGGAGUCAGAGUUUCGUCCGCCUAUCCGGCAGUAAGUCGGACUCGUUUCCGGUGAGGGUUGGACUCCGGCAAGGCUGCCCUUUGUCACCGAUUUUGUUCAUAACUUUUGUGUACAGAAUUUCUAGGUGCAGCCGAGGCGUACAGGGGGUCCGGUUUGGUGGCGUCAGUAUUGCAUCUCUGCUUUUUACAGAUGAUGUGGUUCUGUUGGCUUCAUCAAGCCGUGACCUCCAAGUCUCACUGGAGCAGUUCGCAGCUGAGUGUGAAGCGGCUGGGAUGAGAAUCAGCACCUCCAAAUCUGAGACCGUGGUCCUCAGUCGGAAAAGGGUGGCGUUCCUUCUCCAGGUCGGGGAUGAGAUCCUGCCCCAAGUCGAGGAGUUCAAGUAUCUUGGGUUCUUGUUCACGAGUGAGAGAAGAAUGGAACGGGAGAUCGACAGGCGGAUCGGUUCAGCGUCUGCAGUGAUGCGGACUUUGUAUCGAUCCCUUGUGGUAAAGAAGGAGCUAAGCCGAAAGGUGAAGCUCUCGAUUUACCGGUCGAUCUCCGUUCCUACCCUCACCUAUGGUCACGAGCUUUGGGUCGUGACCGAAAGAACGAGAUCCCGGAUACAAGCGGCCGAAAUGAGUUUCCUCCGCAGGGUGUCUGGGCUCUCCCUUAGAGAUAGGGUGAGAAGCUCGGUCAUCCGGGAGGAUCUCAGAGUAGAGCCGCUGCUCCUCCACAUCGAGAGGACCCAGAUGAGGUGGCUGGGGCAUCUGAUUCGGAUCUCUCCCGGACGCCUCCCUGGUGAGGUGUUCCGGGCACGUCCCAGCAGACCCCGGGGACGACCCAUGACACGCUGGAGAGACUACAUCCUUCGGCUGGCCUGGGAACGCCUCGGGAUCCCCCCGGAAGAGCUGGAUGUAGUGGCUGGGGAGAGGGAAGUCUGGGCGUCUCUGCUAAAGCUACUGCCCCCGCGACCCGACCUAGUCGCGGGGGCAGUAGCGGUGGAAAAUGGAUGGAUGGAGGGAUGGAUGGAUUUUAAUUUUGUUUUAACAGAUUUUAUUUAUUUAUUACAAGCUGCAGCCACUCAAUUGAAUAUUACGGUCGAAAAACAUAACAGCAACAAAGAAUAGCAUAUACAUUUGCCACAGGAUGUGGGUUGUUGGUGAAGAAGCAGGAGUUUAUGUGUCUCUACUACUGUAUAUUCAGUAUCAAAAACAUUUGAAGGAUGGCCACUGGGAUACAAUGGGGAUACAGUGUGCUACGUACAUUCAUGAUUGCUAGAUUUUAUUUCAUUGUGUAUUAUCUCAGAGGGGAAAUUCACCCAAGGGAGAUAUGUCAAAGUAAAAGUUAAUUUUGUCUUGUACAGUCCAGUCCAAAAGUAUUGGAACGGCAAGCUCAAUUCCUUUGUUAUUGUUGUUUACUGCAGACAUUUGGGUUUCAGAUCAAAAAAUGAAUAUGAGACAAGAGGUCAGAAUUCCAGCUUUUAUUUCAGGGUAUAUACAUCUAGAUGUGUUAAACAACUUAGGACAGCGCACCUUUUGUUUGAAGCCACACACUUUUCAAGUGAGCAAAAGUAUUGGAACAGACAUUAUUAAAUUUACUUAAAGUGAAUAACAUUUGGAGGCGGCACGGUGGAGUCAACAUCGCAGUUCUGAGAACCGGGGUUCAAUCCCCGGCCCCACCUGUGUGGAGUUUGCAUGUUCUCCCCGUUCCUGCAUGGGUUUUCUCCAGGCACUCCGGUUUCCUCCCACAUCUCAAAAAAACAUGCAUGAAUUGGAGACUCUAAAUUGCCCGUAGGUGUGAAUGUGAGUGUGGAUGGUUGUUUGUUUGUAUGUGCCCUGCGAUUGGCUGGCAACCAGUUCAGGGUGUACCCCGCCUCCUGCCCGAUGAUAGCUGGGAUAGGCUCCAGCACUCUCGCAACCCUUGUGAGGAUAGGCGGCUCAGAAAAUGGAUGGCUGGAUGAAUAACAGUUGCAGUUUUCACAGGUUAAACCCAAAGCCAAAAACAAGCACGAUCUAAUGUUUAAGCAAUCAAUCUAAAAGGCAACACCUGAGCAACUAGAAACACCCAUCAGUCACAUGUUCCUGUCACAGUCACAUCUAGAUGUAAAUACCAUGAACUAAAAGCUGAAAUGUUGAACGUUUGUCUCAUAUUCAUCUUUUGAUCUGAAACCUAAAUGGCUUCAAUAUCCAACAAAAACAAAGAAAUUGACCUUGCCGUUCCAAUACUUUUGGAGGGGACUUGUAAAUCAGAGGUAAGUACAUCCAAAACAAUCAUUCAAAUCUGUUGCAAAAUAUCCACAUAUCUUUAGUCAUCAGUUUUGCAACUUAAGAAGAAUAUUCUGAUUGAGGCUUUCUUCUGAUAACCAUGAUUUCUAAAACACAUUUCUUAUUCAAAAGAUGUUGAAGAUAUCAAGUUUGUCAUCAACUUUGACUAUCCGAAUUCUUCGGAAGAUUACGUCCACCGUAUUGGACGUACUGCCCGCAGUACCAACAAGGGCACUGCCUACACCUUCUUCACUCCUGGGAAUGCACGGCAGGCC